AUGGCGCCGAAACCGAAUACAGCCGUGCCAGACUACAGAAAUGUCCCGCACUCGCACCGCCUGCCCACGUCCCACCGCGAGGUCCAGCGCACCUUCACCAAGCUCUCCCGCCAGUCCCUCGUCUCCCUUGCCAACCAAUGGCUCGCCAAAAAGAACCGCGACUUCUGCCGCCCGUAUCUGCUCGGCGACCGUGGUGCCGACGCGGAAGAGGACGAUGAGCAGUACACCCCCGCGCAGAGCUACGAGGAGCUCCAGGAGAUCUACAAAGAGCUGGCCGCGCGCAAGGGCGGGAAGCGCGAGAUCCAGGAUCGCAUACUAGAGGGAGACUGGCGGACCGGCAUCUCCAUGUACCAAUUGGCCACGGCCGAGAUCCAGUACCUGCUCGACCAUCCCAACAGUCUGCGCUGGACGGCGAAGCGGCUUGCAAAGAUACCGAGCGGGAAGAACAUGGCGCUGGAUAUGGAGGUCACGAACGACUCGGAGCACUUGCCGCGCUUCCAGGCGCAGACGUUCAUGGCGAAUCUCGCGCGGGAGCUCACGCCGCUCAUGAAGGCGCAUUAUCUGCUGAUCAAGAUCAAGACCAUGCCAAUGACGAUACUGAGGGUGUACAUCCACGACUCGCCGUACAGCACCGAAGCGUCCCUCGCCAUAGAUAACGGGAGCUCGGAUAACGCAAGAGCCGUUUUCUUCAUCUGGCCCAACGGCUCAAACUUCGUCUACUCCUCCAUAGCAAACCAUUUCGGCCAAGUCAUCAGCGACGACGGCCGCCACCUGCGCGACAUUGUCCAGCAGGCCAUCCCAAAAGCCUUUUCGCGCCCCUCAGCAAGGUACCAGCUCGCCAGCACAAACUUCACGACCAAAUCGCUAGACGCGCUGCUCGCGUACAGGGGUCCAGGCAAGAGCAACGCGGCUUCCGGCGGCUGGAGCAUCUUCCAGGACCACAACUUCAGCCAGAAUGCGCUGGACUUUAUCACGAGUCAGAACGACCAUGGGAAAGAGAAGAAUGGGCAACGCAAGGACGGCGCGGUGGGCGCAACGGCGAAAGCGGGCCCUGGCCGGCCGAAGCGCACCCUCGAGGACAAGGAGACGUCGGACGCGAAGAGGAGGCGCGAAGUCGCAGCUGGGAGAUUUGGGAGCUCCGCACAACCCAACGACGGCCAGGGCCUCGAGCGCGUCGAAGUCCGCAUCGACGAUGCGUUUCCCGCCAUGCCCAACUCCGCAGACGACGCAGACACCUCCAACAUCAGUGAGCAGCCCGCGAACCGCAACCGUAGGGGUCGUCCUUCACUGCUAGACCGCUCGCUAGACGAGAUCGAGGAAUUAGAAGGGGCCGAUGCGUGGGUCCCGGACGUGCGUGUUGUCUUUCAGGGCAGUCAUGUGUUUGCCGGCGUGAGGCAAUUGGUCGAGCAGGGCAUUGUAGACGGGGAGAAGAUGCCGGGGUGGAUGACGGGGGAGGCGGGGGUUACGAUUGGGGCGGUCAAGGAGGGGAGGAUACGGACGAAGAGUGGGCAGAUUCCUGGUAUUUGA